CCUGGUGUUGUUAAGGCUGAUUUAAUUCCUAUUACCAGAGGCAGCUUUUCCAAGGUGAUUCCUGACACAGGAGAUGGUAACUGCUACAGGUAAAGAUCGUCUUUAAAAGGGAACAUGGAUUUAAUAAACUCAACUGAACAAAACAGCACAUCAGAAGAACCUUUCAAAUGGGCAACAUCCAAGAUUCUCAUUUCCAUUACCCUGUCUGUGCUUGCUCUAAUGACAACGGCCAUCAAUUCUCUCGUGAUGACUGCAAUAAUUGUGACAAGAAAGCUCCACCACCCUGCCAACUAUCUCAUCUGCUCUCUUGCAGUGACUGACUUCCUUGUGGCAAUCCUGGUGAUGCCCUUCAGCAUUGUCUACAUUGUAAAGGAGACCUGGAUCAUGGGGCAGGUGGUGUGUGACAUUUGGCUGAGUGUGGACAUCACGUGCUGCACUUGCUCCAUCUUGCACCUCUCUGCCAUAGCUUUGGACCGAUACAGAGCAAUCACGGAUGCCGUGGAAUAUGCCCGGAAAAGGACACCUAAGCACGCUGGCAUCAUGAUAGCAGUUGUAUGGAUCAUAUCCAUUUUUAUCUCCAUGCCGCCUUUGUUUUGGAGGCACCAGACAGCCAGCAGGGAGGACGAAUGCAUCAUCAAACACGACCACAUCGUCUCCACCAUUUACUCAACGUUUGGCGCCUUCUACAUCCCGCUGGCCUUGAUCCUGAUCCUUUACUACAAGAUCUACAAAGCAGCAAAGACAUUCCACAGGAGAAGCGUCAGCCGGAUCGUGAGGGAGGAGGGAGUGAAUGGACAAGUCCUUUUGGACACAGGAGAAAGAAGCACCAAAUCAGCUUCAAUGCCCAGCACAACAGAGAAGACCUCAGAUGCCCUGGUGAGCUCCGAUAAAAUCAAUAUCACCCUACGAAGCCCCAAGUCUGAAUCCAAGCACGAGAAGUCCUGGAAAAAACAGAGAAUCUCCAGCACGAGAGAGCGAAAGGCAGCAACGACCCUGGGUUUGAUCCUGGGGGCAUUUGUGAUCUGCUGGCUCCCGUUUUUUGUAAAAGAAGUAGUUGUUAAUACCUGUGAAACAUGUCACAUAUCAGAAGACAUGUCUAACUUCCUAACAUGGCUGGGAUAUAUAAACUCCCUUAUUAACCCUUUAAUCUACACAAUCUUUAAUGAAGAUUUCAAGAAAGCCUUCCAGAAGCUUGUGCAGUGUGGGCAAUACCUUUAGGAGCAUUUGUUCAUAUAAGGAGAACAUAGUCCUUGUUUUUUAACAUGUAU